AUUCGAUCACAAUUUGAAUUGUGAGCAUACGUCAUGAAAAGAGAGAGAUUCUUCUCCAUGUGUGUCAAAAAAGAAAGAUAUUUCGAGUAAAAUAAACACAAGGAGAAGAAACGUAGCCAAACAGAGCGCAAUACUUUUGAGUCUCUCUCCGCAGAUCCCCCAAAUUCACACACAACACACGAACUGACACACAAUCACAUACUUUUAUUCUCCCCAAUUGCUCAGUUUUGUCAUUUUUUAACCCGGGUUCUGACCCGACCCGGAUCCGGAGUUCAAGAAAGUGGCCAACUUUGUGCUCAAAACGGCACCGUAUUGCUGAAAUAAACAGAGAGACAGAUACAGCUGUUAGGGUUUCAAUUUUGAAAAAAAGGGAGAGAGAGAGACUGGGAGAGAGGUAGAGAGAGAGAGAGAGAGAGACUGCGAGAGAGAUGGAUGAGCUUGAUAGUGGUGGUGGGCAGAGUGGUGGAGAUAACAACAACAAGGCAGUUGAUGCUGAUAAUGAUGAUGGAACCACUCCUAUUCCAGACAGGGUCCAGGUUGGUACUUCACCAUCAUAUAAAGUUGAGAGAAAAUUAGGCAAAGGAGGAUUCGGACAAGUGUAUGUAGGACGUCGACUUAAUGCUCCGGUUCCACAUGAAAGAACUGGUUCAGGAGCAGUGGAGGUUGCUUUAAAAUUCGAGCACAGGAACAGUAAAGGAUGUAACCACGGUCCACCUUAUGAGUGGCAAGUCUAUGGGUCACUUGGGGGAAGUCAUGGCGUUCCUCGUGUGCAUUACAAAGGUCGGCAAGGUGAUUACUACAUAAUGGUUAUGGACAUGCUUGGACCAAGUUUAUGGGAUGUGUGGAACAACAAAUCUAACGCGAUGUCGACCGAAAUGGUUGCAUGUAUUGCUAUUGAGGCGAUUUCUAUUCUCGAGAAGGUGCAUGCUAAAGGAUACGUUCACGGGGACGUGAAGCCUGAAAACUUUCUGCUUGGUCCACCGGGAACACCAGAAGAGAAAAAGCUCUUUCUUGUCGACCUUGGGUUAGCUACGAAAUGGAAGGAUAGCUCAACAAGUCAACAUGUUGACUAUGAUCAGCGCCCAGAUGUUUUCAGGGGGACUGUUCGUUAUGCCAGUGCACAUGCUCAUCUUGGAAGAACUGCUAGCCGAAGAGAUGAUUUAGAAUCUCUUGCUUACACACUCAUUUUUCUUCUGCGUGGGCGACUGCCUUGGCAGGGAUUCCAGGGUGAAAAUAAAGGGUUCCUUGUCUGCAAGAAAAAGAUGGCAACCUCCCCAGAAGCUCUUUGUACUUUCUGUCCUGCGCCAUUUCGGGAAUUCAUUGAACAUGUAGUGAAUUUGAAGUUUGAUGAGAAGCCCAACUAUGCAAAAUAUAUUUCCCUUUUUGAUGGAAUUGUUUGUCCAAAUCCAGAUGUGAGACCAAUUAAUACUGAAGGCGCUCAGAAGCUUCAAGUUGGACAUAAGAGAGGACGUCUUGCAUUGGAUGAAGAAGAUGGAGAAAAACCAAAGAAGAAAAUCAGGAUAGGAAUGCCUGCAACACAAUGGAUUAGUGUCUAUAAUGCUCGGCGUCCUAUGAAGCAAAGAUAUCACUACAAUGUUGCGGAAGGGAGACUUGCUCAACACAUUGAGAAAGGCAAUGAAGAUGGAUUAUAUAUCAGUUGCGUGGCAUCUUGUUCGAACCUAUGGGCCAUUAUCAUGGAUGCAGGGACUGGGUUCUCUUCUCAAGUUUAUGAAAUCUCGCCACAAUUUCUUCACAAGGAAUGGAUCAUGGAACAAUGGGACCAAAAUUAUUACAUUAGUGCAAUAGCAGGGGCUAACAACGGGAGUUCGCUCGUUGUGAUGUCAAAGGGAACGCAGUAUGCACAACAGUCCUAUAAAGUUAGUGAUUCAUUUCCGUUCAAGUGGAUAAACAAGAAGUGGAGAGAGGGAUUUUUUGUUACCUCCAUGGCGACUGCAGGAAGUCGAUGGGGGAUUGUCAUGUCCCGUGGGGCUGGAUUUUCUGACCAGGUUGUGGAACUAGACUUCUUAUAUCCUAGUGAAGGUAUACAUAGGAGGUGGGAUGGAGGUUAUCGCAUCACUUCAACUGCUGCAACUAUGGACCAGUCUGCUAUAGUUCUUAGUAUUCCAAGAAGAAAACCAGCCGAUGAGACACAAGAAACACUAAGGACCUCUGCUUUUCCUAGCACACAUGUCAAGGAGAAAUGGGCAAAAAAUCUUUACAUCGCCUCCGUUUGCUAUGGUCAAACUGUUUCGUGAGGCACCACGUUUCUCUUGAGGAUGCAUCUUGGAAACCUUGUGCUUCGGGCAUGCACUAGUAUCUAAUCUCUUGGUAGGGGUAGGAAACCAAUGUGCCUAAUUUCUUAUCCUGGAUUAAAUUGUAUGUCAAUCUUGUACUUGGCGUGCAUAAAACUUCUGUUGUAACAGAUUUAUUAGGGAUUGCACUGGUUCUCAAUCGGGUUGAAACUUGAUAACCCUUUGGAACAGUCUGUCUGCUAGCAUAUGAAAGUUUGUACAGUAAAUUUUACUUGUUUGGAAUUUGUAAUCAUGCAAGUGCCAUACUCUGUUACAAGCAGUGUAAUUCUCCCUCAGAAAAUGUAAGAAAACGUAGAGAGAUCCAAAGAAGAUCGCAUUACUCAGCUUUCAA